AUGCGGCACAAGAACUGGGAGCAACAGGCCGCCAGAAUCCACAGAAAACAGCUUUAUCUCACUGUUGCAGGUCCAAGGCUGACUGGGGAUGGACAAGCUGCCCGAGGAACGCUAGCAAAGCUAUAUCUUCGCGGGAAUAUGGUUACUGACAUUCCAUUGGCCUGGCUGUCUCCGUGGCAGCGCGUUCGGGCAACUCUGGUAGGAGCGUUUCUUACUUCGCCUCAGCUGUUGAUCCUGGAUGAAGUGACAACACAUCUGGACGCUGAUACCAUUGAUACAUUCAUUGGAGCGCUCAACUCGUGGCAAGGGGCGCGGCUGGUCAACGCUCAUGAUCGGCACUUCAUGCGGUGUCUCGUCGGUCGUGGGACGCAACAAGAACAGGCGAUGAUGAGGACGACAGCGGAAGGGAUGACCCCGAGAAGAACCCUGUGCCGGGAACAGUAUCCCACGUUCUCAAGACUCGAAUACGAAAGCUGGAAAGAGGGAUGCAGCAAUACGAAUCGACCAUUACCAAAAUGGUGGACAAGCUAG